CCGCAGAAUUUGCAAGACAGCAUCCGCAAGGACCGCAACAACCGGUUUCUCUAACGCUGAAAAGUUUGUUUCUGCUGGAGAACCGCUCCUGGCGUGAAGAGCUAACUGUCCCGCUGCAAAGAUCGUGGAGAUGGAGGACCGACAGGCUAUCCCAUACCUGUCCUUGCGACCGGCAGAAGAGGACAAGGAAGAUGCAAAACAGGCGAAAGAGGUGGUUGCUGCGAUGCAAACCAUGCUCGAUCGUCCGGAAUUGCUUGAUGUCACAUUUGUCUGCACGGCGUCCAAAGAGGUUCGGGCGAAUCGGGCGUUGUUGGCAGGCAGGAGCGAGUACUUCUCCAAAAUGCUUUAUGGGGACAUGAAGGAGGGKUCCAUGGACAGAAUACCUCUUCCUGAGGUUCAGGCAGACAGUCUGCAGACUGUGAUCAGUUACCUGCAUGGGUGUCCCCUUAGGUGGAAACCUGACACCUGCUGGGAGGGCGUCUUGGACACGUACAUGCUCGCAGAGCAGUAUCAGGUGAACAGCUUGUGCGAAAGGGUCUUGCUGUGGGUGUCUAGGCUUGGUUAUGCAAGCGAACUGGGGGAACUACUGAACGCCGCGAUCCCUAGGCAAGCAGACGACAUACUGAAAAUUGCUCUGACGGUAAUGAAUGACGUCCUUGUCGUGGAUUCAACGACAUUUCGAGGGUGGAGCAAGGAGAGCAUCGUGUACUGUCUAGACAAUGCUCGCUUUCAUCCAAACGUAACAGAAACGCUGGUCGCCGAGGCCGUGCUUUCAGCAGUAUCCGAUACUACCCUUUUCGUUGACAAAGAAAAGACCAAGACCGUGCCAGAGCAGCCAGAUUCACCGGCAGCUGAAGAACCUAUGGAUUCUGUCGCGCCGGCGGCUGGAUCUGAGAAAGAAACGGGCGCCAAGGACAGUGAGACAGCAGCAAAAAAGGUUUUACCAUCAGGUGAGGAUGUGAGAGUGCCGGCGGUGGAAGAAGUUUCACCAGCCGAAGAAUCUAUACAUCAUUAUGUUGAGUCAAGAGAAACCUCUGAAAAAGACGACGGUACUGACGAGGAUUGUGAUGCAGCAGAGAGAGAGGUGGUGCUAUCGAGGAAGGAUGUGCAGGACAUAUUCAAAGGUCACAUUAACCUUCCUUUGAUUGAAUCCUCCUUUCUGCAGGAGAGGAUAGAGCCACUGCGAAUCCUACGGCUGGAGGCACUCCUUGCAGCCUACAGAGUGCAGGGCAUCUGCUUUUCCAGGGGAAUGCCUCCCAGUUCUUUCUUUACAAUGCCAUGGCGAUCCAUGUGUCACAAACCACCCUUCGCACCUGUGGAAACAAGGAAAGGUGGAAUUCGCAACGCGUACAAUAAGGUCUUAUUUCCGUCCUUGUGGUCCGUAAGGAAUGAAAAAUGCGAGAGUUUAGAAGAGGUACCACAGCGGGUGGUGCGGUCCGAUACAAAGUAUGACGGUCUCACGAUGAUGAAGCUACCGCUUCGUAGCGGCAAGCAUAUCUGGAGAGUGCGGGUCCUGACAAAAUUUCGCCGUUGUUACGUGGGGGUUGUUUCAUCAGCCACCAAGGGACUCGCAGACCUUCCAACGAUGGAUGACCCUUGGAUGCUGUCCAGUGAGCAUGCGACUUGGGUCACAGCACCUUGGGAACUGUGUCCAACUUUUCUUGCCUCAUCGAAGUUGGAGAGGUUCGAUGAAUCUGGAGCCGCCGUUGUCGUGAUAUUGGAUAUGAAGAAGAGGGCACUGACGUUUGCGAAUGAUUUGGAAAGCUACCUCAGGCACAGUGGGGAGUACCCUCAGGCCUAUCUCAAACUUCCAUGUGAUGGCCCACUGUACCCAGCGUUGUUUAUAGAAGGCCCUGGUUGCGCCGAUAUAGAAUGGAUUGAGAGUUCUCCCCGUGAACAAUUUGUCCGUCCCAUUUAAGCGACCCCCCCCCCCCUCUCCCACCAUUAAACUAAGCCCGAUGGCAGUGGAGUCAGUGGAGUCAGAAUCAAAUCCAUAGAGGAGUGUACCACAUCUUUUUUUUUUUUUUAAGGGGUGUACCACAUCUUAAUAUCUUGGAUGUGUCGAUCGCUGAUGGCUACAUCAGAUGAGGCUGUGAAAAAAAAAAAUCAAGUGGAAAGCAAUGGCAUUGAGCUGUAUACGCCAAUCUUCAGAACUCCAUGCUGCGGUAGGAAUUUUUCCAGAUUGACAUACCCACCAGUCCAAAGGCAGUAGGCUGCCCUCUUCAGAAGCAUCUGCAUAUUGAGGAAAUGCCGAGAACAAUCGAAAGCUGGUGGUUGGUCUACAGUGCUAAAGCCCUUUGGCCAGCAGCUAGGGCAUGAGUGGUCAUGAUGCGGGCUAGCAACGCCAGUGCUAUUCAGGGCGGCUAGGCCAGAGGCAGGCAAGAAGAGAGAGUUGGGGAGGUGGAGUUUGGGCCUGGGGGGCGGAAUCAGAUGAGAAGACUCACGAGAGCCGCUGGGAGGGAGGAGGCCAAGGAGACUGAACUUGGAGUUCUUCAGGGUGGAGCUUCAGCAUUGUAUUUUGUUUUGGCGGAAACUACGCGGGAGUCACAAAAAUGAGGUAUAACUUCUAAUUGCACUUUGGGCCAAGAUAGUACAGUUUCAAAUUGCAGUUCGGGCAAUGUAUACAACCCACCUUUCUGGCCAGGUGCAGGGUACCCCAAGUGCAAUUGCAAACUGUGCCCCAUUCUGCAAUUAUAACUCGUUUUUUGUGACCCUACUGAAGUUUCCCCUUAAAGUUUGAUUUGUCUUCGCUACAGCCAGUGGCACAUAAUUGUGUACGACUCAGGCAUUGAUUGGUGAGCAGGCUUCAUUCAAUUUGCCUAGAGUAGGUACUGACUACUGAUGUGACCAAGUAAUUUCUCCGCAAUGAUCAUGAAAGACCAACAUAAUUAUUCCCUGCUGAUCGAGAAGCUAACGGGGAGUUGAAGGGAUGUUUUUUUCUUUCUUCAACAACAGACCUCAGAGUCUGCAUUUGUCAAUGUUUUGAGCCUGGCGUCAGUGGCGUGUGAUUGCAUCAGUGUCACGGCAAUGCCGCCCCUUUUGCCAUGCUUCCGAGUCAAUGACGGA